CCGGAAUUGAAGUAUUGCGAAACUGCAUAAAAUUAACUUGUCUUUCGCAAUUUAUGAUUGCAUGGGAUCACUCGGUGAUCAGCUGUUGGCUAAUGAUGCAAGACUAUGGUAUUUAUAGUAAUACUACACGCGAGAGUUGCAGAAUAAGCUGCAAAAGAACGGAAGAGAAACGUUUGAAAUUUUGGACAUAUUCUUGCCUUUGGAUUUCAAGUGCAAUCGGAUUUUGAAAAAUUACAUGACUUAUCUGGAAGGCAUGGCGAGAUUGAAACGAAACUAAUUGAACUGAAACAGUACGGACUGAAAAAAAUUGUAGAAAAUGUCGGAUCAUUAUCUGGUAUACCAAUGUCACCUCUUAUAUCUCGGAUGCGCUCUAGUAGUAUGACUAAAGCAGAGACUAGCCCUGGAACAGGCCAACAUACAUCUAGUAAACCAAUCGAUAUAAACAGGACACAAAGUAUGAAGGAUCACAAUUCUGGGUCCCCUGGUCCUGCACAGAGGCCGAGGACCAUAAAUCUGGGAGGAAAACAUCCUCCUAGUAAGCACAAAUCACAUCAGACUCCGGCUUCAACACUGGACUCCCCGAAAACACCUCGAGUGACCCACAUAGGCCUGGACAGUGUCAGAAUGGUGAAAGAUGCAGUGUUGUCCCGUAUUAGAACCUACAGUGAAAAAUCAGUGAAUGUGCCAUCAGAGUACUCCCUGGAUGAUGAUAACACUGGUAAUUCUAUUGGGAGCAGUUAUGGUUCGGUGCAUCAGACUCCCAGCCAGGGAUCGGGGCAGAUUGAAGGCAAAGUCGAUGCUCUGGAAGGCUUGUCUAUGUGUGAUACAAUGAGUGCAUUCAGCUGCCAGAGUCUCACCAAUAUCCCUGAAUCUCUCCGCAGACAACUUUCUAUGAGGUCUGGUAAUGCGGAAAUCCUGAAACAGAUCCAUCAAAAUGAUACAAUUACAAAAGCAAGUUAUACAAGUGGAAUCGACGUUGUCCCUGAAUUAGAGGCAGAUGCUUUUGAGAACCAGGCAUAUUUGGACUCCAUUGCGAGCCAAGCAAGCUCUAAGCCAUUGCUACGCAAGUUAAACUCAAUGGUUGACAAACCAGGGGUUGACCAAUCGACCUUGGAUGACCCGAAUAACUGGACACAAAGUUUACCUGAUUUAGAGAAUUCAGCCUAUGUUGAUUCUAUACAGAGUACUAGCAGUGGAAAGGCACUUUUAGCUCGCACGGGGGUUGCACUGAGUCUUGAUGGGAUAUCACGCUGGAUCCCACCCGUGAAUGUUAUCACGAGGGAGACGUAUGUACGACAAGAUAGCACACUACCGGAAAAACAACGCUACUUGAAAAAUCUAGUUGUCAUAAGCUGUAGUCAGAUGUUUAUAUACACAGCGUUCUCAUCUCUUCGGAAUCUCCAAAGUAGCAUCAAUCAUGAAGGUGGUUUAGGACUGACAUCAUUGGCGUGUCUCUAUGCCUGUUUCUUCAUGGGAUGUAUAUUCGCUACAGCUAUCGUUCAAAGACUUAUGCCUAAAACGACAAUCAUUUUAACAGUUGUUGCAAACAUUAUAUACUCAUGUGCCAAUUUUUAUCCAAGCUAUUACACGCUAUUACCUGCGUCAUGUAUUUUGGGGUUCUUCUUGGCCAAUAUGUGGACAGCAAGUGGCUCGUACAUUUUGACAAUCGCAACAAGUUAUGCUUCAUUAAGUGGCAAGAGCCUCCCCAAUGUACUGACUAGAUUUAACGGGAUAUUUUUCCUGUUUUUUCAAAAUUCUCAAAUAAUUGGAGGGCUCAUUGCAUCUACUGUUAUGGGAAACAAUAAAGCCAUUACAGAUGAAUAUAUCUUGGUUGGCAGUGGCAACAGCACAAACAAUACUGGUUUCUAUGGUAACUCCAGCCGUGUUCACGGUGAUGACCUUCAGCUUAUGAACCCUAAGAAUCUUUGUGGUUCUAAAUACUGUCAUGAUAAAGCAAUCGACACAGCUCGUGUUGCUAUGGCACCACACACACUCUACAUGUUGCUUGGUAUUUACAUUGGAUGUGGUCUCCUAGCGUUGUUUCUCACAGCAGUAUUUCUCGAUCGCUUGAGUGAUAUAUUCACGAGGACUGAUACUACUAUUAAGCAACAAAUUGGUGCCGUAUUCAAGUUCUUUGGACGCAAGAAAGCUCUUCUUCUGAUGCCUAUGAUGUUCUAUACUCUACUACAGUUCUCAUUCUUCUAUGGGGAGGUCACUAAGGCAUUUGUGACGUGUCCACUAGGGGUCCAUAUGGUUGGCUACUUCAUGACAGUCUUUGCCUCCAUGGCCUCCAUCAGUGCAUAUAUCUCUGGUAAACUCUCCAGAUACACAGGCAGACUGCCAAUGUUUGCCCUUGCUGCCUUGGUGCAUGUUUGUUUGAUGGUGCUUAUGUUACUAUGGCAACCAAGAUCUGGCUCCAUGGCAAUGAUAUUCAUGAUCGCAGCGAUUUGGGGCUCAGUGGAAGGAAUAUGGCAGACACAAUUACAAAGUUUCCUAGGAUUGUUAUUUGCAAGACAAAAGGAGAGUGCCUUUGCUGGUUGCAAGAUGAUGCAGUCGCUUGCAUCGACCAUCUCAUUUAUGUAUGCUCCUUAUACAUGCACCGCUACCAAGAUAUACAUAGUCCUGGCCAUAUUGGCUCUGGCAAUGGCCCUGUACUGUGUAUUGGAACUUCAUUUGAGAGCUGAGAAAAGGGCUGAAAAUGAGAAAGAUACUGUAGAGCAGAAGAAAGCUGCCUUAGUGUAGAAAUACAUAUUCCUGGCCAUGUUGAUUGUGUCCGUGGCCCUGUACUUUGUAUUGGAACUUCAUUUGAGUGCUGAGAAAAGAGCAGAUAAUGAGAAAGAUACUGUCUG